UGAAAACUGGUUUUGUCAUGGUAAAGACGUCUCGGCAAUUCUCUGGGAAUAACAAGAUAACAUGCAUGAGGAAAUUCGAAUACCCAUUGGUUUGGGCUACAUAGCGGGCCGUUGGUAUGGCAAUCGCAACGAACGACCCAUUCUAGCCUUACACGGAUGGCAAGACAAUGCUGGUAGCUUUGCUCUGCUGGCUCCCCUAUUGAGUCGUCAAGUGGCUAUUUUGGCCAUUGAUUUACCUGGUCAUGGCAGAUCUUUUCACAACCCUCCCGGUGUUAUGUAUCGCACCAUGGACUAUAUUCGCGCUGUCAAAGAAGUGGCCGGGCACUUCAAGUGGCCAAAGGUCUCAUUGCUAAGUCACUCCAUGGGUACAAGUAUCGCGUAUAUGUUUGCCGCCUUAUAUCCCCAACUGGUAGAUGUCAUGGUAAACAUUGACAUAGUUCACUGCCGCUAUCACCCAUUGGAAUGGCAAAUAAAAGCGCUUGCCUACACAACGGAUAAAUAUGUGGUCGAAAUCGAACGCAAAUUGGCCAAGAAUGGUAAAAAACCGCCUACAUAUAAAUUUGAAAAUUUGGAAAAAUUAUUACAUGAGGGUUCGGGACAAUCCAUAGAUAUUGAGAAAACAAAAUAUGUAUUGGAGAGAAAUAUUGCUGCCGUAAACCCAGGGGUGGAGGAUGAAUUUUAUUUUUCUCGCGAUGGAGCCAUAAAAUAUUUUCAAGAAUUCAACACAGAGCCGGGACUUUGUAUUGCUAUGGCUAAGAGAAUGUUGAACAUAAAAUGGCUGAUUUUAAAAGCAAAGGACUCUGAGCAUAUUAAUGAAGAUUCAAGUCUAACCCAAGAAGUUUUGCAAAUCCUUAAAUCAAAUAAUCCAGUUUUUGCUUACCAUGUUGUGCCCAAUGCAAAACAUCAUUGUCAUCUUAACAAUGCGGAUAGAGUGGCGGAUUAUAUUUCACCGUUUCUAGCAAAACACAGACCUCCAGAGAUAUUGAAUGUUGAGAAUAAAUUAUAAUUAAAUGUUUGGAAUGAAAUACAAUA